AUCGCGCCCGAGUUACAAUAAUAAUUUCAUAAAUUCUAUGUAUGACGGCAUUUAGUCACGAAACGUUCAAAGUUACUGUCUCCGGAACGUACACGGAGUGUCAUUGGCCGCGCGCUGUCAAAAUAUUUAGAAAAAAAAAGAAAUGACUGACGAAACAAGGAAGAAAACUUUUUUAGGAUUUGAUUUUAGUACGCAAAGGUUGAAAGCAUUAGUAAUUGGUGAGGAUUAUGGAGUAUUACAUGAAGCCAAUGUUGAAUUUGAUUCAGAUCUCCCUGAGUUCAGGACAGCUGGGGGUGUGCUGCGGGGUCAGCAGCGGGGCGAGGUCACGGCCCCACCACUGUUAUGGGUGAAGGCCCUCGAUAUGGUGAUGGACAUGCUUGUUGUGGCUGGUGUUGACUUCUCCACAAUCGAGGCACUCUCGGGCGCUGCACAGCAACACGGCUCGGUGUGGUGGUCCAAGGACUGCGAGUCUAAACUGGCCAGUUUGUCCCCCGACGAGUUCCUGCACACGCAGUUAGCGACCGCAUUCGUGACGAACUCUCCUGUCUGGAUGGACUCCAGCACCACCGCCGACUGCAGGGCUCUCGAGGAGGCGGUCGGUGGUCCCGAGGAGUUGGCCAGGAUAACGGGCUCGACGGCAUACGAGCGGUUCACGGGCCCGCAGAUCCGCAAAAUGUACCGCAGCAGGGAGCGUGCGUACCGCGCGGCCGCCAGGAUCUCCCUCGUGUCGUCGUUCGCGUGCUCCUUGUUCCUGGGCCGCGUGGCGCCCAUCGACUACUCCGACGGCUCCGGCAUGAAUCUACUGGAUAUACACAGCAAGAAGUGGGACGAGAAGGCUUUGAAGGCUUGCGGUGACGAGACACUGGAAAGCAAGCUGGGCAGUCCGGUUCCGACCGCCAGCGUCCUCGGCACCAUAUCGCCAUACUUCGUGCAGCGCUACGGCUUCCGACCAGACUGUCGAGUCGUCGCCUUCACCGGGGACAAUAACUCGGCCCUCGCUGGACUGCGGCUCCGCGCUGGCUGGGUGGGCCUGAGUCUGGGCACCAGCGACACGCUGCUGUGCGGGCUGUCGCGGCCGGCGGCGCCGCCGGCGGGCCACGUGCUGGUGGGGCCGACGCCCGCGGCGCCGUACAUGGCGCUGCUGUGCUUCGCCAACGGCUCCCUCACGCGGCAGAACCACCGCGACCGCCUCGCCGGGCCCAGCUGGGACGCCUUCAACGACCUGCUCCGGAGUACUGUCCGUGGAAACAUGGGCUAUAUGGGUAUCUACCUGGACACGGCGGAGAUAACGCCGCGCGUGCGAGCGGGACGGCACGAGGAGGACGCGGCGGGGCGGGCGGGACGGGCGGCGCGGCUGCCGGGCGCCGCGUACGAGGCGCGUGCGCUGCUCGAGGGACAGGCGCUCGGCCGCCGCCUGCACGCCGCCGACGCGGGGCUCGCGCUCGAUUCGUCAUCGCGCGUGGUGGCCACCGGCGGCGCGUCUGUCAACAAGGAACUACUGCAGAUAUUCGCGGACGUGUUCAACACGCCUGUUUACGUACAGAACGAGCACGCGAACGCGGCGCUACUCGGCGCGGCGAUACGGGCGGCGGACGUGUGGAGCGCCGACACUGGCAUCAAAUUGUCAGGUUCAGAGCCAUCAGUGUCACCGGUGGCUACUCCAUACCCAGACCACGACCAGAUAUACAAACCUAUGAUGGCCCGCUACAGGCAGAUGAUAGCAACCUUUCCCAAACUCGAGUGAUGUGCUGGCAUCCGGGGAACUAAAAUACCCACUCUAAGCCAAUCAUAUUAUGGUUCAUUUCCUAUACCCAUGUAGCCUUUAAUAAACAACACGUUGUAAAAACAUAAUAUUAACACUUUCAUCUGUCGGGUUAUACUAAAUGAAUCAUAAUUUGAUUCAAGUAAAGGUGCUAUUUUAAUCGACUCGGUACAGCACUAGUUUCACUCGCUAGCUCGCUUUAAAUAAUUUUAAAACACUAGCAUUUCCGUGUUGCAUUUUUACGCUUCAUAGAUAUAGUUUUAUGUAAUGCAAGACGUGUUACCAUUGAUCAGAGCGUUUUUUCUCAUUGUGCAAAUUUCUAAUGGUAUUUUGAUAUUGCACAUAUGUCUUCCCACAUAAUUGUAUUUAAGCAAGCCAAGUCAAUAAAGAACUAUUUAUGGGUGCGCCCAAGAAAAUAUAUUAACCCUUAAAAGCCUGAUUUUUUUAAUUAAAAAAUAUGUAAGUGUACCCUUUACUGUGUUUACUAAUGGGGAAAAAUAGUAAAAAAAAAAUCAAAACGAUAUUUUUAUAUAUUUAUUUUGAAAAAACAUUUGGUAUCAUUUUUUACUACUUUAGGCAUUACGGUAUUUAAAUUUAAAAUAUUUAAAUUUAUUUAACAAUAAAACAAUGCAAACUUCGGUAUCAAAUUCGAAACUUCAGGUAUUUAAGGGUUAAGUUGUCUAACUUAUAUACUCAUAGUUAAUUUAAAUUAAUAGCUUAAUUAAUUUAUUAAUUUAAUUAUAACAUUAACUAGAAUGAUAAACAGAAACUUCUAUUAAACUACUUUGAUCUGACACAAUACGAAUCUUGUUACCAUUUUUAGGGAAAUUGUUCUUUUAAAUUGAAAUUUAAACGACUUCAUAAGCAACAGUCUCAUAAUGAUUUGAAAAAAAAACAUGUGAUUGCAAUAACUAAUUUACACUUUAUUAAGUAAACAAGUACAGGUGCAAAGUCACAUAAAAUUUUCUUUUUGUGCUGUUGAUUUUUUAUUGUUGUUGAUUGGUUGGAAACCCCAAAUAAAUGGAGAUGAUAGCCAAGAGAAAGAAGAAGGAGGGAGACUUUGUACAAAAGUCAAUUGCUUGGGUACCUCUGUCCCAUUCGUGUUUCUACCGUAAAACAGUUGUGUUUGCAUAGCUGUGUUUCGGUUUGAAGGGUGGGAUAUGACGUGAAUUUACUGGGUACAGAGGAAUAACACCUGAGUUCUCAGGAAUGGCAACGCAUGGGGGGUAUCAUGGGCGAAACAGUAUACUCUGUUAUGUCCAUGGUACUGCUCAUGUCUAUAGGCGACGAUUACCACUUUCCAUCAGGUGGGCCGUCAGCUUGUUUGCCAUUCUGAGUUGUAUAGAAGAAAAAGAAGAUGUUGAUUGUUAACUCAUUCUGUGUAGAUGAAACUUAAUAAAAAAUAGAUAUUUGGUACUUGUAUACACUUGGUGAUUGGACACAACACUUGAUAUUUUGUCACUUAGUGAUUUUACUAAUCACUUAACACCUGCACUUGCUACUUAACAAAGUAUAACGGUACACUGCUGCCCGUCCGUCCGUCCGUCCGGCCUGUGUAUGGAUUAGACUGGCUUGUUUGUUAUAGAAGUUAUGAGGUAAUUAUGUGAUGUUUAUUUUUAUAUAUUAUUAUAGAAUAUAUUACAUUAACGGCGACAUUAUUUCGUCGUUUAUGAGUGAAAAUAUACGAAAAUGUUAAUUUUAAAUGGUAUGAAAAUAAAUGGAAUAAAAUUUUGAAAUCUAAGGUAGAAUAAUAAUUUUAAAUGACCACUAAAAUUUAUUGUAGCAUUAUUUUAUUUAACCCUUUGCACUCCAGCCUAGUAAUUCAUAGUGGAUUCCAAUAACUUAUUAACUUAUCAAUAAUUUAUUAUACUGUAAACGAAAUAAACAUAUUAUAAACAGAGAGGAUUUCGCUUACCCAAGUGUUAAGUGCGCUGAGUCAGUAAAACAAGCGUGUCGCUGUAGCCGCGACAGUGGAUUUAAUGUUAGUAUUUUAAUGUCGCAAAUACGGCGACGACGGAGUGCAAAGGGUUAAUAUAUCAAUCAAGGGCUUCUCUUUGCCCGCCAUAUGAUGUGUGGACGGGCGAGGUAAGGACCUCGGGGCGUACCCCAUUACCCCGGCUUCUACUCCGGAGGCGACGACCUCCGGGUCGCUGGAUUUGCAGCCAACUUACACUGUUGGUCUGUGUAUGCCGGCGUGGUGUCUUAUUUAAUAUACCGCUAAAAUAUUUUAAGUUUUUUUUUUAAACUAUAGAUGGCGCUGUAACUCUCAAAUGCGUUAUGACUUCGUUUUUUCCUUUUCAAAAGUAUAAAAUACGGUUUCACUCAUAAACUACGAAAUAUGUAAAGCAAACAGGUGUCUCAUGUUGUGAUCUUACAUUCCACUAAUAUAGGGAUAUUUAAUUAUUUUUGGCCUUUUUCGCAGAUAGUUGAUGGACAUAAUACAUACAUAUGUAUAUACACAUGAAUGAACUCCACUCGUUUCUAUUUUUUUUUUUCAAAUGCACAAUAAUUUAAAAUAUGCUUAUCAUAUUUUAAUAUUAUUGGCAUGAUAUCCUACUUUGGGAGUGUGUAUUAUAUAUUAAUCACUCCACGCUAAAUCCCAAUCGUGAAUUUAAAUAUUCGUAAACAACACUAAAGUUUUAUCUAUCACGCCCUCUAGGCAAGUGGCAAGCGAAUUCGUCGAUGGAAUCGACAUCGCUGGCCAAUCCAUUAGGUAAAAUGAGAUAGCAACGUCGGGUAUCUCAUUCCAACUCAUGUUGAUUGUUAUCAUUAGUUCAUCGACUAUCUGAAUUACGAGCAGGCUGGUGUUGAUUUUAUUAUUGUUAAUGUUUAUAUAGAUGCAUGAUGUAUGUCCCGUCCGCUUAAUAAAUACAAUUAUUGUCACAGUCGAAUGACGAUAUGUUCAAAAUAUAAUUCGCUCAAAAGAAACGAUUAGAUCUGAUUGAACUAAAAUAUAUGUAAAAUGAUUAUUAGAUGAUUAAAUUGUACCUUAUAAAAUAUUACAUCUGAGAUUGUUAAGAAUGUAAAAUUAAAUUACAAACUUGUUGAGUUUUAAAUGAACUAAAAAGUAUAAAAGCAUAUAAUGUGAACAAUAUAUUACAUGUAUUGUAUGAAAAUUCUAUAUAAAUAGAUCUGAAAAUGUUCAAUUUUUUUUUAAAACAUGCUCAUUUUAUAACAAUGUUUAUAAAGUGUAGUUAUACACCUGAAGUAAUUGUGUGAAUAUAUCCAUAAGUUAUUUGCUAAUAUGUUUCUAAGACCCCUUUUUAGGUUUCUCUCGUUAAUAUGCGUAAAACGCAAACGUAAUGAUAUCAUGUUUGAACAAAUUUUAAAAUGAGCAUUGUUUAAGAAUAAAAUGUAUCCCUGUAAUGUAUUUACUACGAUAUUGCUGCGAUUUUCAUCACAGUUCGUAAGUUUAAUGUAAUUUCUGUUUUGUCAACGUAGCCUUCAGUCAAUCCAUUUAUUCGUGUGAAAUGAAACGUAGCUAUACUAAUUUUUUUUUUUUUUAAUUAAAAUACGCGCAAUUAAUAUAUUUUCGAUCCAAAGUUGCUCUACAAUUUCAUAUAACGAUAUUUAUUACUUUAUUUACCUUUGUUAUGUUAUUAACUUUUCCUUUUUUUGCAAUAAUUUUUGUGCAAUAUUGUAUGUAGAUUUAGAUUUAUUACAUUCCAAUGCAGAGGCCUUAUAUACAUUUAAUCGUAUAUAUAUACUAAUGUAAUAGAGCUUUUUUAUUUACAUUUUACACGUUUUUAUAAAAUGUUAAC